AUGGUCUGCUACGCAAACGACACCCUGGUGCUGGCGGGAGGCAUCGACUGGGAGGAGGCUACGGCUAUAGGCAAUACAGCCGUAGCGGGUGCCGUGCGCUCAAUACGGCAGCUGGGCCUACGGGUGGCCCCUCAAAAGACCGAGUGUAUGUUCGUGUACGAUCGGUUAGCGGGGGUGCCCCCGAGGUCCAGCAUUAUGGUAGAGGCAACCCGCGUGGAGGUGACCCCAGGCAUCAAAUACCUGAGGCCCCACCUGGAUGGCCAAUGGGACUUCACCUCUCAUUUUGAGAGGUUGUGUCCCAAGUUGGAGAGAGUAGCGGCUGCACUGUGCAGUCUCCUCCCCAACAUCAGUGGUCCGGACAAUCGGGUUCGCAGGCUGUAUACGAACACCGUCUCGUCCAUUGCCCUUUAUGGGGCGCCAGUCUGGGCGGGAGAGGCGGGGGCCAAGCGGCGCAUCAUUUCAAUCUUGCAUGGUGCGCAGCGACUAAUAGCCAUCCGCCUCGUGAAGGCGUAUAGGACGGUGUCGCAUGCAGCCGUCACGGUCCUGGCCGGCAUAAUACCGGCGGAGCUCCUAGCUCAACUGUACGUAGAGACGUACUACAAGGUUGCGGAGCUCCGCGGGCGAGAUGGUGACCACCUGGUCACGGCCGGAGACGAUAAGAGGAGACGCGACUCGGCCCGGCGUAAGGCCCUCCGGCGAUGA